AUGAAGGACGAAGAGGCGGCCAAUUCAACUGAUCUGAGCCUCCUGGGCCUCGAUCCCGGAAAACUCGUGUGGGGUCAGCUGGGAAAAAUAUGGUAUCCAGCACGGGUUGCUUGGAAGAAGAAAGCUCCACAGGAUGUUGUGAAGUUGGAGAAGAGUGAAACGGUCCUAGUCCAUUGGUGGGCGUAUGCUUGGUUACCAGUGUCAAAGAUCAAGGAUUUUGAAGGGUGCUUCGAUUCCUUGAGCAAGUCCAAGAAAUCAAAACAAUUCGUCGAGAUGAUAUCUGCUGCCCUCGAUCUCUGCAAGAACUUCAAGCCUGAUGGAUGGGACGCAGGAGUUUCAGAACAUCCCAAACAGGAAGUCAAAAAAUCCAAGCCAAACAACAAGGCUUCAAAGCCAAAGCAAAAACCGCAGGAAGUGAUAAUAGGAACUGAAAGACAACAGAUGAAAAUUCUCGGGGCAUCAGUGGAGAGCAAGUUAAGUGAGGAUGACGAAGAAGAGGAAGAAGAGGAAGAAGACAUUGAGGAUGAGAAAGAUAAAGAAACGAAGGAGUCCACAGAGGAGAAGAAAUCAAGUGAGCAAUCCAAGGGGUCGAAAACGUUAAGCGAACCAUCAAAGAAAUCAAAGAAGAUUUCGGCUACAACACAAGAAUCUAGGUCUGAGGACGAAGUUUCAGUAGCAGCAGCAGCACAAGAAGAAGAAGAAGACGAAGAAGAAGAAGAAGACGAAGAAGAAGAACACAAACCCUCCAAGAAAUCGGCAAAUAAACAGAAAGCGAAAGCUAAAGCUAACUUAUCUAAGAAAGAGAAGUCAGCUUCUGAAAAGAAAACCAAGGAGAGCAAAUCGAAAAGUAAAAAUGCAACAUCGAAGAAAGCUGAAAAGUCAAAGAAAGAUAAAGGUGAAGGAAAAAAGAAAGGCCAAGCAGCUUCUACACAGGACACUGAGAAAUCACUUGUGAUCCCCGAGGCAGAUUUAGUAGGCCUUAGCAGCGAGGAAGAAGGAGAUGAUGAGAUGGAAGAAGCAACUACUUCUAAGGAAAGAGACCAACAGCCAGAAAAACUGGAUUCCGGUGUUGCGAUGAAAGAUUCAGACAAUUCAAAAACAAAGACAGACAGUUCAGGGUCGAUGCGAGAAGGACAGGGAAGGAAAGAUGUUGAUGUCGGGGAGGCAGAUGUGAAAGGAGAAGGGGAGGCUGGAUCAAAAAGGAAUCGAGAUGAAGUAUUGGACAGUGCAAGUGAAAGCGCUUCAAAAUCUGAUAUUCAGGCCAUGGACCUCAAGAAACGUCGGCUGGCGCAAUGGUCAGCUACAGCGACAGAAGAACCCAAAGUGGAGGCACCUACACCCAAACCAAUCGACGUUGAACGAUGCCGCUUGUUUCUCGGAAAUCUUCCCCACGGAACCACUCAAGAGCGAAUUAUGCAACACAUCAAGUCGUUAGGGUUGCUCGACUGUCUUGAUAAGAUUUUUCAUACCCCUGGAAAGCGAUUUGGUUUCAUCGCCUUAAAGAACUUUGAGAGCACCGUGCGCGCAAAAAAGACUCUGGAAGAUUCGAGGUUUGAUGGCACGAGAAUCAAAGUUGAAUAUCCGAAAGAUUCAUUCAUACACUCACAAUCAAGUCAAGCUCCACCAAGUGUUGAGCAGAGAUCUUCACAACCCGUUCCAAGCAGAAAUGGUGCAACGCGCGAUCCUGAAACCUCCAUUGGUUCCAUUGAAUCCAUACGGAAUACUUUAGCUCAGCAGGUCGAACAGCAACGACAACAGCUCUUGGCCAAACAAAGAGAGAAUCUGAAGAACGAAGUCUCUAUGAUGAACCCGCCGCCUUAUGCCCACGAGCCGCCCAAAGGCCCCAUCCAUGCUUCCGUUGACCCUCGUUCAAACGUCAUGGAUCCAAGACUGAAGUCUGCAGGCUCACAGGUGCAAGAUCCAAGAAUGUCGUCAGGAGCAGUUGACCCUAGGAAGAAUCCUGCCUACGAACCGCCUGCUUCGUCUGCCAUGAACCGACAAUCUUUCCCGAUACCUGACAGAAAACCCGAGCCUCCCAUGCCAUAUCAGCAGAUGCCGCCGGCUCCGCCAGCAAAUUCUUCCAACAAACUUGACUUCUCCAACGACCAAGACUCGGCAGCUGCUGUACUCCAGAUGCUGCAGGACAUCGCAGCUUCGAUGCCCCAGGCCCAGCAUCAGGAUUUUGCGGGAGAGAUGCAGCAGCAUAGCCAUCAACCCGAGUAUCCAAGCCAGGCACGGCAACCACUCCCUCCCUACGGACAUCCCAGCCAGGGAGCUAUGAACGUGCCACCUGGUCAGCGGGGCCACAUGGGCCCUCCCCCGCACGUGCCCCCACCUCACAACGAGGCCUCAGGUCCGAUGCCAGGAGGAUGGGAUGACAGGAGCAGAGAACCUUACUACCAACAGAACGCUUCCUACUACAACCCUGGGUCUGACGCUUGGAGGGAUCGGCGUCAUCCCUUCCCUCCACAUGAUGCCAUGGAUGGAUAUCCUCCAGAGAGCGACAGAGGGAGGGGCCACAUGCAUCAAAGAGAACAUCCGAGGGAGGUUGUGAUGCAUGUACCUGCACAGCUCACUGGCAUGUUGAUCGGUCAGUCCGGUUCCACGAUCCGGAUUCUGCAGAAGGAGGCUUCCGAUAUAGGAUGCCACAUCGAACUGAAGCAGAACAAGCCUCCUCCCGAGGGGAAUGGGGCCGGAAAUUUGAUCAUCCAUGGUUCACAUGGAGAUGAUGUGAAGAGGGUGCGGCUGCGGAUAAGCGCAUUGUUGAACGAGGCUGAGCGGACAGGCACAAUCAAUCUUCGUGGGUUGUAA